GCCACUUCCCCAACAGCACAAGUGGCAGAGGGCCCCAAUGACCACCAUACCCUCAGGAGAGGCCAGCACUCCCACAUAUGGUGAUGUGGCCAACGGCAGGUCUACAGGCAGCCAGACAGCGGAGUCCCAAACUCAGGUCCUCGCAGGUGGACCGGAGGCCAGCUCAGCUGCACAGCAGCAUGGAGGUCUGGACUCUGAAGAGCUAGUCACGUUCCAGAAUGCAUCAACCUGUGAGGGCACAUCAGAUCAUGAAGACAGGUCAGCCCAUGAGACAUCAGCACGUAAGGGCUCAUCAUCCCAUAAAGGCAGAUCAGGUCAUAAGGAGACACUAACCCAUGAGGACAUAUCAGCCUAUACAGACGCAUCAGACCAUGAGGACACACCAGCUCCUGAGGUCACAUCAGCCCAUGGGGUCCCGCUAGCUCCUAAGGACACGUCAGCCCAUGAGGACAUGCCAGUUUCUGAGUACAUACCAGCUCCUGUGUACACAUCAGACUAUUCAGACAUGACAGCUCCUGAGGUCCCACCAGCUUCUGAGUACGAGUCAGCCUAUAUGGACAUGCCAGCUCCUAAGGACACAUCGGCUCACAAGGACAUGCCAGCUCCUAAGGACACAUCAGCUCCUGUGUGCACAUCAGACUAUUCAGACACAUCAGCCUAUAUGUACACGGCAGCUCCUGAGGUCCCACCAGCUCCUGAGGUCACAUCAGCCCAUGAGAUCCCGCCAGCUCCUAAGGACACAUUAGACCAUUCAUGCACGUCAGCUUAUUCGGACAUGUCAGCCUACACAGACACGCCAGCUCCUGAGGUCCCACCAGCUCCUCAGAACACGUCAGCCUAUUCGGACAUGUCAGCCUACACAGACACGCCAGCUCCUGAGGUCCCACCAGCUCCUCAGAACACGUCAGCCUAUUUGGACAUGUCAGCCUACACAGACACGCCAGCUCCUGAGGUCCCACCAGCUCCUCAGAACACGCCAGCCUAUUCGGACAUGUCAGCCUACACGGACACGCCAGCUCCUGAGGUCCCACCAGCUCCUCAGAACACGUCAGCCUAUUCAGACAUGUCAGCCUACAAGGACACGCCAGCUCCUGAGGUCCCACCAGCUCCUCAGAACACGUCAGCCUAUUCAGACAUGUCAGCCUACAUGGACGCGCCAGCUCCUAAGGACACAUCAGCCCAUGAGGACAAGGAUGAGCAUGAAGCUGCUGCAGGACUCAGCCAGCAGCUGGAGGCCCUGCCUGUCCCAGACACGCUGCAGCUGCCCCUGAGUCUCCAGAACCUGGGGCAGGACAGGUUGGGGCAAGAUUCCAGGCAGGGGUCUGAGACUUUGAGACAUGACUCCCUAGUUAAGGAGGAGACACAUGCAGGGGGUGUCCUGGACAGUGAGCCAGACUUAGCUACCCCAAGUGCUGAGGCACUGUCACCCCAGAAUAUAGAGGCCCAGUCCACUGGGAGCAUGGGCGACACCCACAAGCAGGUUGACACUGAGGCUGCCGGCACCCCUGAGGCCCUUGGGGAGAAAACUGCCCCCGAUGCUGAAGUUCUGCCAUCAGAUGAACCCCAGGGAGUGCCAGAGGGGGAGGCUGCCUCAGGAGACCAGCAGGCUCCACCCUGCCCCCACUCCCCAGGGGGCAGCGCCCCUGGCUCACCUGUCCCCCACAUGGUGGCCCUGCACAGAAGGUCCAUGGACUCCAGCCUGGACCUGGCCAACGAGGAGAACGACUACAUGCGCUCCAUGACCAGCCUGCUGGGCGGAGGCGAGGGCGCCAUCAGCUCCCUGACCGACAUCCUGGUGUGGUCCGAGUCCGGCAUAGGUAUGGCCACGGGCCUCCUGGCCUCUGACCACAGCCAUGUCACGGACAUGCUGCACAGAACGGGGCCCAGCCUGCGCUCAGUCUCCAGCAUCCUGGGCCAUGUCCGUGCAGCCUUCUCCUCCCGCCUGGUCGGGGGGACUGGCUCAGCCCUGCACUCCGUCACCCACAUGCUGGAGGCAGUAGAGCGCAGAACGAUGGAGGGCAUCCGCUCGGCCGUGCGCUACCUGACCAGCCACCUCACCCCACGCCGGGCCCGGGCCUACCCCAGCGGGGAAUAGAGGCCUCACAGGACCCCCCAAAGGCCUGACUCAACAGCUUCCCGAGACCCUUGGGCCCUUGGGCCCUGCUCCCUUUCCCACCCCUGGCCUGGCUGGCUCUCCCCAGACCAGGCAAUAAACUACCAGC